UGGCGGAGACCUGCGAAUGCAUAGUAGACUACGGCACAAUUUGGCGCCACAGAGAAGAGGGGUCUGCACAUGGGCCCCCUGCUCUCUUAAACCGCCCCUGGUUAUACCAUUAAAUGGUUGCGAUGUGACGGCUAGCAGCCAUCGCAUCUCUGGAUUUGAUGUCAGAAACCCAGCAACCGUUCAAUGUCGACCUUCCAAUGUCCAUCCCUAGUUUGAAUCAAUUCUAGCAGAUGUGAAAGUGCUCAAUUUGGAUUAAAAAACAAGGCUGCCUCUUGUCCUGGAGCUGGCUGACAUGCUGGGGGGAGCUUCAUCAGAAUGUGAGAAAUUCCUCAUGUGUGCAAAAGUGUCAUCAGAUUACAGCCUGUGCAAUGGAAGCAAGCAAGCCUGUACUGCACAGUGUAUGUCCCUGCCCUGCAGCCUCAUGUGUACUUCUUAUACUCAGAUAUUCCCCUGUUGUAGCACUAAGCACAAGCAGCUCUGUCUCAGCCUGGGCCCCGCCCCCUGUAAGACUCACCAAUAUGCCCCGCCCCCUCCAGAAGAAUGGUUGCCUAGCUGCAGGCACUUCAGGAUACACAGUCAGGGGAAGGAACUGAUUGCCAGUGCUCGAUGUGGUAAAACACCAUGGAGCUGUACAAAUUCUUCUGGAUCGAAAUCCCAGGAAAGAAGUUUCUCUGUCCUAGUCACUAAGUCUCCCAGGCAGGCAAAGAAGCGAGACGGUAAUGUGACUUUGGAAGACGUGAAGAGAGUUGCCCUAAAAUUGCUACAAGAAGAUGAAAGACUUUGUAUGACCUCAUUUUUGGAAACAGAAAGGACCCAGCAAAUUGACACCUUUCUCAUGGCCUUGCUGUAUUACCUUUCCUGCUAUUUGGAAAAUGCUCAGUAUGAAAAGAAGCCAAAGUUUUUGACUCCGAACGUCAUUUUCCUAAAGCAUAAGGAAGGGGUGCAGCACAAGAGGAGAACAGAAUUUGCUCUGAAGCAUUUUGGCUACAUGUACUGUAACCUUAUUCUUGGGGAAGGAAUGAGCGACCAGCAUCAUAUGGCAUGUGGAAAAAGCAGAGCCUCGGCUACACAGAGGGACCGCAGAUUCUAUGAGAGUCUGUACAGCUUCUGUAUCUGUGCUGGCUGGGUGGUGUUCAGGCGCAAGGGCCUGGAGGUGAUUGAGGCAGAGGUUGGAAGGCUGAUGCGCUCCAGCACUUUUAAUCCUGCCCUGAAGAUGAAUGAUGCUCCGCCUGAGCCAGGCAGAACCACUAAGAAGACCACAUAUGCAGAGAACAGGAUGGUUACACCCAAACGACCUUCAAUCAAGAGCUUCUUUACCCAGCGCUCCCCGCUGCUCACGUCUGUGAUGCCAAGACCCAACGAGAGAUCUCAGUACCUGUAUCAGAGACAUACUCUUCAUCCGGAAGGCUGCUCUGAGCCCAAAGGUCCUACCAGUUGGAUGCAGAUGUUUCCUGCUGAGAUACUAACUGGGAUUGGGAUAAUAGGAGAACCUCUGCGAAAUUAUUAUUAUCACAACCUCAUUCCAGUUUUUUCAGACGAUGAGGAGGAGCCUGAAACCCAGGAAAAGAAAAGCACAGAACGGCCUUAUUCCCGAGGCUUGUCCUCUCAUCAGUCCCACUUUCGUCCUGGGACUGGACGUCAGAGUGAGGUUAUAUCAAGAGCCACCACCGAGGCAGCGUACUCUGACAUUUACUGAGAACGCCCUAAUGCGCCCAGUGUUUUACUGCGCAUUAAUCAUUUAAAGACUGGAGGCCACUUUCAAGGUGGCAAGCUCAAACCCCUCCAUUCCUAUUAUUAAAAAUGAUCCCUUUUCCCUAAA